GAGCUCAUGAUGAAGCUCCAGACGAAGGGCAAGGAGGCCGACACCGGCGUUACAGAGACACGGUCUCAGGUGCGGCAGCUUUCGAAGGCACUUGCACUUUUCCGCCAGGGCGCUGUGCUCAUGGAUGAGGUGGAUGUGGUGCUACACCCGCUGAAGUCUGAACUGAACUUCCCCUACGGCCCCAAG